CAACACCGCCUGGCAUAGACCACCUGCCGGGGGCCUCAGUGUCCGACACCUCAACCCAGCUCUCUCGCCGCCGACCGCCGCCUCGACCACGUAGCCAGUUCCGAAAUCGUCUGCCACAGGAGCAGCUUCUGGAGAUGGGCUCCUUAUCAAUGCUGGCACCGAACCGGGGCUCAAACAUUGGCGAGGCCUUGUCCUCCGUGCGGGCCGUCGCUCAGGAACCACCACUGGUCUGCCAGAAGGUCCAUGGGAUGCCAUCGGCUCCUGCAACCAAGCGAUGCCAUGCUCCCUCACCGCCACAUGAACACAA